UUAAAACAGGGAGGGUUUUUAACACACAGACCGAGAUCAGACGUCCUCCGUGGCUGGGCUUGCCAGUGUCCCCACCAUGAUGAGCAGGUGUCUGAGACUGCUGCCAGGACCUUUGGUGCUGCUGCUGCUGACACCAGGCGCUGCAGGCCUGAACCCUGGAGACAUCAAUGAAUGUGUACCAAACUCAACAACGUCCUGCAGAACGUAUGCAGAGUGCGAGAACGGAGAGGGAAGCUACUGCUUGUGUAGCCCAGGCCAGGAGCCGGUUUCUGAGGUAGUGUUCAGGAAUGAGAGUGAGAACACAUGUGAAGGAUUCUUGGUGCUGCUGCUGUUGACAUUGGGACCUGCAGACCAGAACGCUAGAGGUGACAGCUGGCUUCCUCCAUUUCUUGGGCCUUCAACCGUGGCCUCUACCCCCACAGCUUCCGCCCCCACGGCCUGUGCUCCGUGGUGCCCCCCGCAGUCCACGUGUGUCAACGCCACUGCCUGUCGCUGUCUUCCGGGGUUCAGCUCUUCAUCUGGGGAGAUCGUCACCAGCCCCUCGGAGAGCUGCGAUGACGUCAAUGAGUGUGAACCGUCUUCGGUGUCCUGUGGAAAAUUCGCCAACUGCCAGAACACAGAGGGGAGCUAUUACUGCAGGUGCAACUCAGGGUAUAGGCUUGUUUCUGGGGCCGCAGUGUUCUGGAAUGAAAACGAGAACACGUGUCAAGUUCACCACAAGAGGACAACACAGACCAUCAGGACCCAGAAGAACCAUCCCACUCCAUCCUUGGAUCUGAGCAGAAUGACACAGACACCACACACACGCAAACCUGAAGGGUCAGGUAAACGGAAGAGGCUCCCGUCUGAACCAGGCUAUAACAGAGGGCCUCAUCGGGAACCCCUGACUCGCUCACGGGGAUACACAGCAGGAUUCUCCUUCCCCACCUGGACCCCACCCUCUGGAAUCAAAAGCAAGGAGGAGGAUGCCGCCCUGGCUGUGAUCACCCAGGUGGGGCUGAGCCUCUCCCUGCUGUGCCUCCUCCUGGCGGCCCUCACCUUCCUGCUGUGCAAAGCCAUCCAGAGCACCAGCACCUCCCUCCACCUGCAGCUCUGCAUCUGCCUCUUCCUGGCGCACCUGCUCUUCCUCACGGCCAUCGACAGAACCGAACACAAGGUGCUAUGUGCCAUCAUCGCGGGUGCCUUGCACUACCUCUACCUGGCCGCCUUCACCUGGAUGCUGCUGGAGGGCCUGCACCUCUUCCUCACCGCACGCAACCUGACGGUGGUCAACUACUCCAGCGUGAGCAGGUUCAUGAAGAAGUUCAUGUUCCCUGUGGGCUACGGAGUCCCGGCUGUGAUUGUGGCCAUUUCUGCAGCUUCCGGGCCUCACCUUUAUGGAACAGCUGCCCGAUGCUGGCUCCACACAGAAGAGAAAUUUAUAUGGACCUUCCUUGGCCCCGUCUGCACCAUCAUCUCUGUUAACUUGGCUUUCUUCCUGAUGACCAUCUGGAUUCUGAGAAACAAGCUCUCCUCACUCAACAGUGAUGUGUCCACCCUCCAGAACACGAGGAUGCUGACGUUUAAAGCAAUGGCCCAGCUCUUCAUCCUGGGCUGCACGUGGUGUCUGGGAGUCCUGCAGGUGGGCCCAGCUGCCCGCGCCAUGGCCUAUCUCUUCACCAUCAUCAACAGCCUGCAGGGCGUCUUCAUCUUCCUGGUGUACUGCCUCCUCAGCCAGCAGGUCCGGGAGCAAUACAGGAAAUGGUUGAGAGGGGUCAGGAAAGCCAAAGUGGACUCUGAGAAGUAUACUCUCUCUAGCAUGGCCACGUCUGAAGCUUCCAGGCCCAGCACGGAGAAUGAAAUUAACAACUAAACCAGAUGAUCCUAUCUCCUGGAAUAAGAGAGAAAAAAAACUGAACUGUCAACCUUUGGCCAAAGAGUAUAGAAAAUACUUUUUUUGUGUCCAUUACAAGUAACUGAUCCUGGCACCAUUGUGGGAGAGAGUGUGCAGGAAAUGUUUGACAUUCACUUCCUAGAGAAUUGGGGUUUCCUGGUCCACACAGCGUGCUCAGCCCACUCCCAGAACAGCCUAGGAACUAUGGCCCAGCUCCUCAGUUGUCUUGGGUUAAGCCCUGCACUUCAACCUGUUUUUCUACACAAAUUUCCCUCAAGUUAAAUAUAUAUAACAAGGAAAACCAUCCUCAAAUGUAAUUCUUAUAACAGCAUAAAAAAGGAAGGAAACGUUCAAAUACCUGUAUUUGGUUUCCAUACCUACAUGCCUUGACUUCUUCACUCUUCAUGUGAAGACUUACUAAUUUUUCACUCAAAAAAUAGUUUUCUUGCUCACCAUGUGCUACACACAGAUCCUAGUUCCUGAUUUCACAGAGUUUCUUGCAGAAAAAAAUUGUUAGAGUAAAAUCAAUAGAGCCUCUACAUCUUUACAUUUUAUAAACUGAGCUGUGGAAAAGGUGUAUAUUGCUACAGCACAUCGUGCAAGUUGUAUUUCUACAUAUUAUCUCAUGCUAAGCAUGUGAUGCAGGCAACAUCUAAUUCCAGAGCAAUUGCAUCUGAAAGACAUUUCCUGUAGGUUUCCACAGACCGCAUUUGUGUAAUUUGAACACCAUAGGAAGUGGCUGUAAAUGCUUAUAACAUUGAAAAUAUUCAUGAGUCCACAGUGAUACCUAAAAAUAUCAGCCAAUAAUUGUAAAAGACAGGACAGAACUAGAAAAUAGGGAUUUUCCAAUACUGAGUAAACAGCACUAAAACACGCUGUGAAAAGCUAGUCCUGCAGUGCCAAAAACUCACCUCACAGAUCACUGAUUAAUCACAAGGGCCAAAGUGCGCAUGUACAGCAGGGAGGUCUGAACUUAAUGAUCUUAUUAGCUUGCCAACAGGUGGAGACCUGACUUUAUAUAUGUCCUGAUAAGAUGAGAGGUGUCAACAUCCCACAUGUGGUAAAUAAAGAAUUAUUUGCAAAUCAGUCCAACCUAAAUCUAACCCAGCCUUUAGACCAAGGGUUGGAAAACUAUAACAUGCAGGCUAAAUCCUGGCAUCUGCCUGUUUUUGUAAAUAAAGUUUUGUUAGAACACAUCAGAGUCAAAGUCACUCACGGCUGCAUUGUCUAGGGCUCCUUUCCUACUACACUGUCAGAGCUGAGUAGUUGUGAAAGACACUGCAAGGCCACAAAGCCAAAACAUAUUUACUAACUAGCGCAUUACAGAAAAAGCUUGCUGGGGUCUGUUCUUUCAGACCUAAGUAUCAGUACACAUGGAAUACAGGGAACAGAAUGACAAGUUAAAUGACAUCACGAGGAAGCAAUCGGGCAAAUCAAGAAUAUGGGUCAUUCAACAAGCCAGGUGAUCUGGACUCUUCUAAAGUCAAUAUCAUCUUAAAAGAAAAAGUUACUAUCUUCUAAAAAAGCGAUUCGGGGCUAUUCUAGAAAACAAGCAAGAGCAACACAAUAAUCAGAUUCAAAUCCACAGUUUUAUGAAGAUUCUGAUUUAAAGACACAACCAUAAAAAUAUUUUGGAGGCAAUGGGAAAUCUUCUACAUGUAUCAGCUAUUACAAUUAUUAUUAAUAAAUGUCUAAUCACUGUGUUGUAAACCUGAAACUAAUAAAUAUGGGAUGUCAA